AUUCCCUGGACGGCGCCGGUGGGUUCGCGCCCGCAGCCCCCAUCAAUUGCAAACUGUGCUUGGAAGACGCCACGGCAGACAAGGUCACACUCAUAUCGGGAUGCGGCUGCCAGUUUUGCACGAAGUGUAUGGCAGCGUACGUAGAGUUCGAAGUCUGCAACGGGGCUUACGAGGUGUCCUGCCCGGACGCGAGAUGUCGUGUCGGCGCAGCACUCUCCCUGGAUGAGAUCUCCGCUUUACUUGAACCCAGCAUCAUGGAGAAACAUCUCAAGUUCAGACUGAAUCAUGAAGUGGCGAUGGACACGGGCCGCGCGUUCUGCCCGCGCGCCGGCUGCGACACUGUGGUGACGGUGAACGCAGCAAGUCCAGCUCACUGCCCCACCUGCAGGCAUGACUUCUGUAGCCAGUGCAACCAGGAGUGGCACGGCGGUCUGACGUGCGAGGCAGCCGCCGCGUCGUCCUCGACCGGGGCCGGCGCCCCCCUCCUGCCGGACUCGGAGCUCAUCAAGCUGUGUCCAAUGUGCAGGGUGCCGAUUGAGAAGGACGAGGGAUGUGCUCAGAUGAUGUGCAAGAGGUGUAAGCACGUGUUCUGCUGGUACUGCCUUGCUUCGCUCGACGAUGACUUCCUACUACGGCACUAUGAUAAGGGCCCGUGCAAGAACAAGCUGGGACACUCCCGCGCAUCUGUGUUGUGGCAUCGUGCGCAGGUUGUGGGUAUUUUCGCCGGUUUCGGGUUACUGCUGCUAGUCGCCAGCCCGCUGUUACUGCUUGCCGCUCCGUGCAUCGUCUGCUGCAAAUGCAGACUUUGCAACCCAAGCACUAAGAAUUUGGAAGAAGUCGAUGAAAUUGACAGCAUCAGUCCGACGAGAGACGACGAUGAUGACAUCGUGCGCGCGCGCCACCUCGCCGACUGACGGUUUUAGACGUCCGCCACAUCGACGGGGGAUACACAAUGAUAAUGUUAAUCAUGUACUUACAACGAUUUGACGAAAUGCACAUUGUGAAGAGACGAAACGAGGGUGUUAUUUUAUUUGACUUCGAUGUGUCCAACACUUCGCCGACUGACGGUAUUACACGUCCGCCACGGCGACGGGGGAUGCAGAGUAAUAUUGUAGAACAGGUACUUUUAAUGUCCGAAAUAUAAGUUGAUACAAAAUGGCGAACGAUUGCAUUCACAGAAAAGAGACAGAUAUUAUCAAGUUUAAUAUGCGAAACUAAAUGACUGAUGGAUUAAUCAGUCACUUAAAAUAAUACAAAAUGGCGUAAACUACACAGAUAUUAUAGACGUCAGAGGGAAAGAGACACAAAUGUUUGUAAACUUAAAUAUGUCUUGAUGCGUACCCAACACCUCGUCUGAUGGUUUAAGACAGAAAUUAAUAGAUCAAGUCAGUCCGGAAUAUAAAUUGAAACAUUGGAAGAGCAGAUUGGCAGAGCGUAAUUUCAAAUACCUAAGAUUUCCGAAACAAAUUUAUACCUAUUUUGUCGAGAAUUCAUCUUGAGUUGCCAAAAACGUUGGUUAAGUAAGGCGUAUUAACAGAACGUAUGUCCAUAAUGCAUUGGAGAAUUCUUAAGAUGUUUGUUGUUUUUACAUGUGGCAAUGGACUGACAUAUAUAAAUCACGCCUCUUUCCCGGCGGGGCAGGCAGAGACUACAUCAUUCCAUUUGCCACCAUAAAAAUGACAAUCGCCAAUAUAAUUGAUUAAUUAAAAAAUGGCGAAAGUUUUUGUGGUCAACGAUUUUGUCAUUUUUUUAAUGUGUCUCUGUUUAUUGGUCGGAAAGUUGAGUGGGAAUAACAAAAAGCUAACGCCUAAACUUCAAAAGGAAUCACUGAGCAUACGAUAUGAAUAUUGACUAAUUAAAUUUUGAAUAUCGUCACGAUAAUAAACCGAUAUAUGGAAUGAAAUGUGACUGAAUUGAAACACCAAGAUUGUACUGAUGAAAUUAAUGAUAGAUUUACUGAAGUAAAAUAAUCUUAAUAAAUUCUAUAUGUGUGUUUGUGUCUCGUAUGGCGAGAUUAUGUUGGCCAAAACGAUUUCAAACCCAGAUGAUUAAAUGUGAACUCGUGAAUGUAUUCUGAAAGUUAUUAACACAAAAUUUAUUAAAAGAACAAGAUAAAAUCACAUAUUAAUAGAUUAUUUUUCGACUUAAAAUUGGCUUUUUGUCUGCCGUGAAACUUAAAAUCUAGUUGUCCCCAUAAGUGUUAACAUAUAUAGAAACAAAAUGAUAAAUUCUAUGGUAAAUUCAUAUAUAAAUAUAAAAUAUACUUACAUGAAUGUUGAUUGUCAUAUAUAUUGUGAAUGUUAUGGCAGUAAUAAAAAUUAAAUAAGGUAUGUAACAUUAAAUUAUUGCCAGGCGGAAAUUACGACUAACUACUAAAAUGUCGUGUGACUAUUAUAUAAGUUAAUUGUUUAAUUAAUAGACCUUGGUACUGAAAAAAGCAAGGGUUUGAGACUGAUGAGUGGUUUAGAGAGAGUGCCAAUUUUUCAUGUCAUGUGAUUGAAAAAAAAAACUGUGAAAGUACUUUGUGUUGUCAAUAUGUAAGGUGUUGCAGACUUUAUAUGUAGGACUGUAAAAAAAAAUAACAGUCCUAUUUAAAGAUCGCAAAACCUGUAUGUGAAAAACAUAGAAAUAACCACAUAUAAUGUGACAACGAAUCGACAUGAGAUUGCGAGUUUUGAAAUUUACUUAUACGCAUGUAAAAAUGGCCGCUUUUAAUUUAAUGAAUAUAAAUGUUAAUAUGUAAUUAAGUCGCUCGAAAUUUUGAAGUACCUAAUGGCGAACAGACUAUAAUUGAUUUGUAUAAUAUUUUUUUGUUAUAUAAAAUAAAGCAUUGUGAAAUUACUUCAGCGCAAUGAAACUUUAUGAUUGGACGUUUCAUUUCAACCAAUCACGUGAUAGCAUAAACGAAAGAGCUAAUUGGAUGAAAUAUGUCAGAACUGUAAAUGUCAUAAUUCCCUUUUAUUUGCGCUGGAGUUAAACAUUGCUAUGAUGAAAUAGUUUUGUUUAUUUUAUGUACAUAAGAUAAUGAAGUUGAGUUCACCGUCAUUGAUGAAAUGUUAUUAUUAUUUUUAUUACGAUUUCAAGUACGAUAGAAUCCGGAUAUCACGACCAAACUUAUUACUAAAUGUUUUUAGAAACGACAAUACAAAAUCAAGUAAGGCCUCAUUAUCCAUUUUUUUCCUAAAAAUAGAUAGAUACCUACUUUUUUGACGUUUGGGUUUUAAGACGAUUCCUUUUCACGGUCGUUAUAUACGGAUUUUAUUUUUAUACAGAAAUAGUCAAUGACGAUGUAUUAUGAUAUAUCACUCAAUCAAUAUAAGGGCGCGAUCAUAUGACGCUAAUCGCGAUAAAAUAUAAUUCAUUAAAAUUUUGUAUUAAAUGAAGAAACAUAAUCGCUAGAUGCCGUCUUAAUAUUAUAAAGCACCCUUAAAACAACACGAAACAAAUAGAAAAUCGUGUCGUGUAACUGCAAUGCAGACAGACAAUGCAUAUGUAUGGUUUUAUUUUUUUAAUAACCUUUAUAGUAAAUUAAAUAUUGUAUAAUUGACGCACCGCUUUUCGUGCGUAUACAGCCUUAAAUUGUAACUUAUUGGUAGAAAUUUAAAUAUUUAUGUGGGAGCGACACCAGCGGCGAUUUUUGACGGUUGAACGCUAAGAGUGGUAAACAUUUUCUGCUUAAUAUGUGGAUAUAAAAGGGUUGAGAACAUAAAAAUUUCACCAACCGAUCUACGCCAUUUGAUGUGAAUUCUUAUAUAAAAACUACGGAACUCUCAGUUCACUUUAAAUUCGGAUUCGGACAUUAUGUACGCAUAAGAAACUAUGAACCGUUAGUCAUGUUAAUUUAAAAAUAAAGACUGCCGCCUGGUGAUCUCAAAACGUUUAUUAUAUUAUGUAGUGAAAACGUUUCUAUUUGGGCCUUAGUACAAUCUGAUUUUUGACAAAUUCGCCGCCUGUGUCGACUCCCGUGCUGUAAAUAAGAAUUAAUAUUGUACUUAAAUAACUAAGGUCGAUGGUUGUUCUCGAGCUAAUCCAAUAUACAGGUGUUACAAAAAGAAUACAUUAUUAAAAAGGCCAUCACGAACAAUUCAAAAACUUGAUAUUUGUUCGAAGUACAGACUGACUUCCGUAAGUACUUUUACAUAUAAUUAUGUAUUUUGUAGCACCAUGUGUAACAAAAAUUGUCUUUUUCGUCUGGCGCCUAUGUAAAUCUGUAAAUUUUGUGUAACGGCGUCUGUCAAUAUGAAUUAAUACAAAACUUAAUCAACCAGAAAAAAAUGUUUCUCAAAAUAUUUUCACAGCCAUUUAUUCCUGGUUGGACUGUAAUGUACAAUUGUCGACCUGUAAGCUUGUCUUAGCAAGCUAGAUAAAGCAUUUGUAGACUUAAAAUUGUCAGUAGUUGGUUAGUAAUAAGCGAUUGACUAAGUUUCCUUUUAGGUUGAUUAUAAAAUCACUCUUGACUGUAAUAUUUUCUUGAUGUGUUUUCUGUUAAGUGCAAAUGUUGGCCCGUAGAGGUCGCCACUGACGCUUCUUAAGAUUUUUAUGCCCAUGUGCAUACACCCUUAUAUCUUUUAUGUAAAAAUUGUUAAUGGUGUUUGUGUACAAUAGAAGGCAUUAUAACAGGCGUGGGAAGACCAAUAAAUGCUUAAAAUGGUUAAGAUUUUUUGUGGUUUUUCUAAGUUUAUAUUUUCUAUGAAGCGUCAGUGAAAAAAAAAGGUUGUGCACUCCUGAACUCAUUAUGUACUUACUUUUGUUCAUAUUUAUUUUAACUUCACAUUUGCACUUAAUUUACAAACACACGGAUAUUUGUAAAUAGGAGAAAUCUUUAUUUUUUGUUAUCACUAUACUUCAUGUUUAUUUGCGUUGACGGUCAUCAUUUCUGUUACUUCUAAUUAUAAAUGAUUUAAUAAAGAUUUUUUUUCUGAUAAAUCUCUAAUAAAAUUAUUUUUGUUUCAUCUUUUUA